CAAACCAGUUGGCAAAAAGUCUGGCGCCCUGGCACGUUAGAUCCCAACCGCCCGUCUUAUGAUGAUGAUGGAUGGCAGUCUCUGCAGGCCUGGAAUUAAUCGUUUUUUAUAUUUUUCUUGGAUGUUGUUACUUCUAAUUAUUUCCCUGCUAAGCUGUCAGCUUGGAGCCUCCGCUGCUUUAUCGCAGGCCCGUAACGUGCUUUUGAUCAUCGCUGAUGAUGGCGGAUUUGAAAUGGGCGUUUACGGAAAUAACCGGUGCCAAACGCCCCAUUUGGAUGCGCUGGCCGCCCAAAGUUUGGUGUUCUCCCGAGCACGGACUUCGGUGAGUAGUUGCUCUCCCAGUCGGGCUGCUUUGUUGACUGGACUUCCGAGUCAUGAAAAUGGAUUAUACGGACUGCACCACGACGUCCAUCAUUACAACUCUUUCGAGAAUGUUCGGUCACUUCCGACAAUCCUUCGGGAGAACGGAGUUCGUACUGGCAUUAUAGGGAAGAAGCAUGUCGGUCCCGGAUCAGCCUACACUUUCGAUUACGAGCAGACGGAAGAGAAUAAUUCCAUCAUGCAGGUUGGCCGGAAUAUAACCCGAAUUAAGUUGCUCGUCAGGGAAUUCCUCGAGCAGCAAAAUGAGACCCAGCCUUUCCUCCUCUAUGUGGCCUUCCACGAUCCUCACAGGUGUGAUCACAAGAAUCCAUUUUACGGCCAUUUCUGCGACAAGUUUGGCAAUGGAGAGCCUGGCUACGGUCACAUUGCAGACUGGAAGCCGAUUCGAUACAAACCGGAAGAUGUCUUACUGCCUUAUUUCGUUCCUAACACUGCGGCGGCUCGAGAGGACAUAGCGUCGCAGUACACAACAAUUUCGAGACUUGAUCAAGGUGUCGGCCUGGUGCUUGACGAGCUCCGAAAAGCCGGCAAGGCUGACGACACUUUGAUCAUCUUUUCGUCGGAUAACGGGAUCUCAUUUCCCAAUGGCAGGACUAACAUGUACGAACCGGGAUUGGCCGUUCCAAUGUUCAUCAAGUCUCCAGACGACGAGUCAAGACGAGGUGAAAUGACGGACAUCCAAGCCAAUUUACUGGAUAUAGUACCCACCGUUUUGGACUGGUUUGAAAUCGAUUAUCCCAAAUAUCAUAUUCUGAAACCAAAUCAACCGAUCCGCCUCACCGGAAAGUCACUUUUGCCACUUUUGAGUGGCGAAAACGGUAUGAAAAGUGACACAUUCUACGGCAGUCACGUAACGCACGAGAUAACAAUGAAUUACCCAAUGAGAACCAUCAUCCAAGAAGAGCGCUACAAAUUAAUACACAAUUUAAAUGCGCCCGGUACUCCGUUUCCCAUCGACCAGGAUUUUUACUUAUCGCCAACAUUCCUGGACAUGCUAAAUCGAACACUGAAUGGGCGCCCUCUACGCUGGAUCAAAGAGCUGAAAGAUUACUAUUUUCGCGAGGAAUGGGAAAUGUUUGAUCUCAAAACGGACCCGAAAGAAUGCGUAAAUGUACAUCGCAAAAAGAAAUACAAGGAGAAGUUCUUCGAACUGAAGGAAAAGCUGUUUCAGUGGCAAAAAUCUACUUACGAUCCAUGGUUAUGUGCUCCACAUGGAGUACUUUUGGAGAAUGCGGAAGGCCCUUUCUGUGCACCGCUGCACAAUCGGAAGUACUUCAAAGAACUUUAAAGCGAGCACUUCCUCGAGGUUUUAUGAGUGAUAUUAUAACUACUACCAUUAGUCGAUAAAUCCUGAUGUCAAUUUUCAAAGCAAGCGCAAUAAAGUUUGAAUCGGAAAAUAACAAAGUU